UCUAUGGAUAUCAGGAAUAAAACAUAGAGAAAAUAGAACAUGUCAAAAUAAAGGCGGGAAAAGAAAAAAACAUCGAAAACCAUCAUGGCGGACGAAAUGGCGGGAGUUUGGAAUGGUGCUGCCGUUGUUAAUUUUAAAUGUUGGACAAGCGAAUGCUGUGGAAAGUCUAACCUCCCGCGUGCUAGCCUCUUUUCUCGGCUACCCUACAACUUGCAGUCUUGGCAAUGAGGUUAUUCCUUGCACAUUGUCAAUAUCCUGCUGGUUACGUGGCGGGGUAAAGACGAAGGGUUGUGGUGAGAGCUGGUUGUUCUCUUGCUGUGUGAGCGAACAUAAUGAUUUGGAUAAUAGUAUACCGUCAUCAGAUUGGCAAUACAAAGUACCGCCAAAACUGAGGGUAGUUCCGCAGAGAAAUGUCAUACCACCAAACGUCUUUCGACGAAGAGUCGACGAAGAUGUUAAUCAGGUAGACUGUGGUGUCCCUUUAACCAGGGUACUUCAAAAACGUAUUAUUGGCGGUCGUGAAGCCCGGUUCGCUGAAUUCCCCUGGCAGGCACACGUCAGGAUAUCUGAGUUUCAAUGUGGUGGUGUGCUAAUAUCCCGCUGGUACAUAGCCACAGCGGCGCACUGCGUGUCGCGCGCGCGGCUCCGUGACGUGGCGGUGUGGCUCGGCGCGCUGGACACUAGCGAGUCGCGCACUGCUAGACGAUUGGGGGUAGUCCAAAAAAUUCUUCAUCCGUUAUUUCAAUUUCGAACAACCCAGCCAGACCGUUACGAUAUAGCCUUAUUACGGCUUUCUCGACCAAUCGUCUAUACUAGUAACAUCCUGCCGAUCUGCUUGCCUGAAAUGGACUUGCAGUUAGGGGGCAAGUCGGGGGUAAUAGCUGGGUGGGGCAAGACAGAUACGAGCUUGGGGCACACGGGGACAAAUUGGUUGAGGUCUGCUACUGUGCCUAUAUUGAGUACAGAGCAAUGUAUAAAAUGGCAUCAGAGCAAACAGAUCUCAGUGGAAAUACACCCUGAAAUGAUCUGUGCAGGACAUUCGGAUGGACACCAAGAUGCCUGCCUAGGCGAUUCAGGUGGCCCCCUUAUAGUAAAGGACAAUGGCCGGUACUACCUCGCCGGCAUUACGUCCGCGGGCUUCGGCUGCGGCGUGGACCAUCAGCCCGGCAUCUACCACAAUGUGCUCACUACAGCCAGCUGGAUACGCGAUAUUGUGCACCCGACCGCUAAUUAUAUUGACUUUUGAGGAAUUAAAAGUCCCCAAUUAAGUGGUCUUGAAAAGUCCCUAAUUAAGCGGGCUUUUAGGGAUUGAAAAGUCCCUAAUUAAGCGGGCUUUUGGGGAUUGUAAUGUCUCUAAUUAAGUGGGCUUUUGGGGAUUGUAAUGUCUCUAAUUAAGUGGGCUUAUCAAGAAAAUAAUGAUAGGGAACUGACAAAGAAAAACAUGACAGGGGACUGACAAAGAAAAAAUGGCAGGGUACUGUCAAAGAAAAAAAUGGCAGGGAGCUGACAAAAUGACUAAAAAUUACAAACUGACUUACCAAAUUGAAAAGUCCCUAAUAAAGUAGUCUUUUGAGGAAAUGAAAAGUCCCUAAUUAUGUGGGAUUUUCAAGAAAAUAAUGACAGGGAACUGACAAAAUCUCUACACAUAUUACAUACUGACUUCUUCGCGAUUCAUGAUACGAGACAACUAAUUGUAUAUUCACUUUUUAAAUGUGCGGGUUUUUUGCGGAAUUAUGAUGUAUACGUUGAUUUAUGAAACCUAAAGAAAAUGUCUUACUUAUAUUAUAAGGGGUUUUUGUGAAAAGACGAUGAAAUGCAUCGAUUUUUAAUGAUAUUAGAAUUAAAAGUCUUAAUUAUUUAGAAUUAUGUGCCCUAAUUUAUAACUUUGUUCACUUUUAAUGAUGUAGAAAGUAAUACAUUAAUUAAUUAUGUUCACUUCUAGCUAAAUAGUACAAUUAAUUGAUGUCGAUGUAAUUAUGGACGUAUCAUAUUAUCUUACUAGCUUUCCACCCGCGGCAUCGCCCGCGCAGUCAAAGAAAAACCCGCAUAGUUCCCGUUCCCGUGGGAUUUCCG